GUAUAGGUAAGAAGUUGAACUAACCAUACUUAUAUGUUCACAAAAUCAUCUAUAAAAACCAUACAUAUAACACAAGCAGAAUGCACUACAAAUCAUAUCAGAAUCAUAUUAGCUUUGCUAAGAGCUUCAACUACUCUAUACUAUAUCUCCCUGAAGUUUUUGCUAGAUCAAAUUAAUCAUGGCUUUCAUCAGUUUGUCAACAAUCAUAUUUCCAUUUAUGAUAUUAGCUAUUUUGUCAGCAAAAAGUAGUGUAAUGAUUGUCGAGGCACGCAAACUUCUAGAGUCAGAGACGCCUCAGCUCCCAAAACUUGAUUUGCCACCUCUACCAAAUUUUGAGUUUCCUAAGGUUCCUGAAUUACCUAAGCCAGAAAUCCCUAAAGUACCUGAGUUACCAAAGCCCGAGCUGCCUAAGGUUCCUGAAUUAUCUAAGCCAAAAAUUCCUAAAGAUCCUGAGGUACCAAAACCCGAGCUUCCUAAAGUUCCUGAAUUAGCUAAGCCAGAAAUUCCUAAAGUACCUGAGUUACCAAAGUCUGAGCUGCCUAAGGUUCCUGAAUUACCUAAGCCAGAAGUUCCUAAAGUACCCGAGUUACCAAAGCCUGAGUUGCCUAAGGUUCCUGAAUUAUCUAAGCUAGAAAUUCCUAAAGUACCUGAGCUACCAAAACCCGAGCUUUCUAAGGUUCCAGAAUUACCUAAGCCAGAAGUUCCUAAAGUACCCGAGUUACCAAAGCCUGAGUUGCCUAAGGUUCCUGAAUUAUCUAAGCCAGAAAUUCCUAAAGUACCUGAGCUACCAAAACCCGAGCUUUCUAAGGUUCCAGAAUUACCUAAGCCAGAAAUUCCUAAAGUACCUGAGUUACCAAAACCCGAGCUUCCUAAAGUUCAUGAAUUACCCAAGCCAGAAAUUCCUAAAGUACCUGAGUUACCAAAACCCGAACUUCCUAAGGUUCCUGAAUUACCUAAGCCAAAAAUUCCUGAAAUUCCUGAAGUACCUGAGUUACCAAAACCUGAGCUGUCUAAAUUUCCUGAAAUUCCUAAAGUUGUUCCAACUACUACUCCAUAAGUUUGAUCUAAUCCUUUCACUGCAUUGUCUGGAGUCAUAUAAAGUUUUCUACUAUGUAGUGUUUAGCUCAUGUUGAAUAACGGGUGUGGUAUGAUUUUAUACAACUUUUAUUUCUGUCUUAUGUGUGUAGACUACAGUCAUAGGGGAGUGAUUGUUAUGGUUCAGUUUGAACCUUAUUAGAUUAUAUAUUUCUUUUAGUUUGAGUUUGUUUAAAUCAAUUGUACUCGGUUGUAGUACUUCUUAUUGAGGGUCAUAUCCUUCAUGUAUGUGUUGUUGAAUUUAAUAAGAUUGUACUUUUUGUGAAGAAAUUUCCUUAACUGAAAAUCAACAUUAA